AUGGUCUCUGGUACAACCACCAUCGAGCUACAGCCAAGGGCACCUGAAAAUGCUGUUCUCCAGCACUCUAAAGAGCAAUUGCCUCUACAUGAGCCGCCAAAAGAAGACCACAGACUUUCUGAAACCCAAACCCACGAUCCAGAGAACGCAGUCGAAGCUCUCCCAAGGUGGAACUAUCCCCGCCAGAACAUCUGGCGACUGGCAUCGAUCUUCUUCGCCUUCAUCAACUUCGGCAUGAACGAUGCCUCUCUUGGCCCUCUCCUACCCUAUAUCCAGGAAGACUACUCUCUCAACUACACCGUCGCCUCCCUCGUCUUCCUCUCUCCCUUCGUCGGCUACAUUGUCGCCUCCUUAGUCGCCGACCGCCUGCACCUCCGUUUUGGCAAGAGGGGCAUGGCCAUCUUCUCCCCCAUUUCCCGCCUCCUCGCCUACGUGGUCAUCGACGCCCACCCGCCCUUUCCCGUAAUCAUUGUCUUCCUCUCCUUCGCAGGAUUCGGCAAUGGGCUGCUUGAUGGGGCGUGGAACACUUAUCUCUCGGAAAUGGAUAAAGCCAACGAGCUCCUCGGAUUAUUGCACGGGUGCUACGGGGCGGGUGCGGUGAUUGCCCCGUCGAUUGCGACGGCCAUGGUAGUGAAGUAUGGGCUGGGCUGGUGGCAGUUCUUUUAUAUCAUGACGGCCUUGAUGGUAGUGGAGUUGGUGGUCUGUACGGCUGCGUUUUGGGAAGAGACGAGUAGGGUUUACAAAUUGAAGAGUCGGAAUGAUACGGAUGAGAAGGGGAUGACGAGACGAGCGAUGAAACAGAAGACUACGUGGGUGGCGGCAAUCUUCUUGUUUGCAUAUAUGGGGGUUGAAGUCUCCACUGGAGGAUACAUCGUCAUUUUCAUGACUCAGGUCAGACAUGGGCAACCGUUCUCGUCCGGCCUCACAGCGACUGGGUUCUGGCUUGGCUUCACCGUCGGCCGUGUCGUCUUAGGUUUCGUCACCCCCAAGAUUGGUGAACGCCUCGCCGUUGUCAUCUAUCUCAUCAUCGCUAUCGGUCUUGAACUACUCUUCUGGUUGGUCCCGCAGUUCAUCAUCUCCGCUGUUGCAAUUGCUCUCGUCGGCUUCUUCAUCGGACCUUUCUUCCCUGCCGCAGUCCUGAUGGCCUCGAGGCUACUGCCAAAGGAACUUCAUGUGGCAGCCGUCGGGUUCGCUGCUGCAUUUGGUGGUGGUGGAGCCGCUUUGUAUGUCUUGCCCCUCGUCACUCCCACGCAGCUCUACAGGUUACAUUCGCUUGAAUUACUAACCCACGUAGACUUCCUUUCAUGGUCGGCGCAAUCGUCCAGGGAUCAGGUGUGA